UUUUAUCCCAAAUUAACGCAAAAGAGAGAAUUCGAGAUCUGGCCUCUCCUCUCCUCUCCUCUCUUAGGCAUAGCGACUCACUCAGAUCUAUUAUACCUUCUUCUUCUUCUUCCUCCUCUUCUCCUUCUUCGUUUCGUUUCCGAACUCAUCUGAAUCUGUGAGUGCAUUAUCGGGAGAUUAUUACUAUGUUGACAAAGUUCGAGACGAAGAAUAACAGAGUUAAGGGUCUUAGCUUUCACCCUAAAAGACCAUGGAUCCUCGCGAGUUUGCACAGUGGCGUGAUCCAGCUUUGGGAUUAUCGUAUGGGUACUUUGAUCGAUAGAUUCGACGAGCACGAAGGACCUGUUCGUGGUGUUCACUUCCACAAUUCUCAGUCUCUCUUCGUCUCCGGAGGGGAUGAUUACAAGAUUAAAGUGUGGAACUACAAAACACACAGGUGCCUUUUCACUCUUCUUGGGCAUCUUGAUUAUAUCCGCACGGUUCAGUUCCAUCAUGAGUACCCUUGGAUUGUGAGUGCCAGUGACGAUCAGACUAUCCGUAUAUGGAACUGGCAAUCACGGACUUGUGUUUCUGUCUUGACUGGUCACAAUCAUUAUGUUAUGUGUGCCUCUUUCCACCCAAAAGAAGACCUCGUUGUAUCAGCUUCCUUAGAUCAGACUGUUCGUGUUUGGGAUAUUGGUGCUCUUAGGAAGAAGACUGUCUCUCCUGCUGAUGACAUCAUGAGGUUGACUCAGAUGAAUAGUGAUCUUUUUGGUGGAGUUGAUGCCAUUGUCAAGUACGUCCUUGAAGGUCAUGACAGAGGUGUAAACUGGGCUGCUUUUCAUCCCUCCCUGCCUCUUAUUGUCUCUGGUGCAGAUGACCGCCAAGUAAAGCUUUGGCGUAUGAACGAAACUAAAGCUUGGGAGGUGGAUACAUUGCGAGGCCAUAUGAAUAACGUUUCAUCUGUUAUGUUCCAUGCAAAACAGGACAUAAUUGUAUCAAACUCUGAAGAUAAGAGCAUCCGUGUCUGGGAUGCUACCAAGCGAACUGGACUUCAAACUUUCCGUCGUGAACAUGAUAGAUUCUGGAUUCUUGCAGUUCACCCUGAGAUGAAUUUACUAGCAGCAGGACAUGACAGUGGCAUGAUCGUGUUCAAACUUGAGAGAGAACGUCCUGCAUUUGCUUUGAGUGGUGAUUCUUUGUUCUAUGCCAAGGAUAGAUUCUUGCGGUACUACGAAUAUUCUACUCAAAGAGACUCCCAAGUUAUCCCUAUACGGCGUCCUGGUACUCCAAGCUUGAAUCAAAGUCCGAGGACUCUAUCAUACAGUCCGACUGAAAAUGCAGUUUUGAUCUGCUCAGAUCUGGAUGGUGGUUCUUAUGAGUUGUACAUCAUACCGAAAGAUAGUGUUGGCAGGAGUGACGUUGUGCAAGAUGCAAAGAGAGGGACAGGUGGCUCUGCAGUAUUCAUUGCCCGUAACCGGUUUGCUGUUCUCGAGAAAAGCACCAGCCAGGUGCUAGUCAAGAAUCUAAAGAAUGAGGUGGUUAAAAAGAGUUCUCUUCCUAUCCCCACCGAUGCUAUCUUUUAUGCCGGAACUGGAAAUUUACUUUGUCGAUCUGAGGAUAAAGUAGUUAUAUUUGACCUCCAGCAAAGGCUUGUUCUUGGUGAACUUCAGACACCAUUUGUUAGGUACGUUGUUUGGUCUAGUGAUAUGGAGAGUGUUGCUUUGCUCAGCAAACAUACUAUAAUUAUCGCGAGCAAAAAACUUGUUCUCCAGUGCACGCUUCAUGAGACGAUACGUGUGAAAAGUGGAGCUUGGGACGAUAAUGGUGUCUUCAUUUACACGACUUUGAAUCAUAUCAAGUACUGUCUUCCGAAUGGAGAUAGUGGAAUCAUCCGAACCCUGGAUGUCCCAAUCUAUAUCACCAAGGUGUCUGGUAAUACAAUAUUUUGCUUGGAUCGGGAUGGGAAAAACAAUGCUAUCUCCAUUAAUGCAACCGAGUACAUUUUCAAGCUUUCACUUCUGAGAAAGAGAUAUGAUCAUGUAAUGAGCAUGAUAAAAAACUCCCAGCUAUGUGGACAGGCUAUGAUUGCUUACCUGCAGCAGAAAGGAUUCCCUGAGGUUGCCCUCCAUUUUGUUGAAGAUGAGAGGAUCCGAUUCAACCUGGCUCUUGAAAGUGGCAACAUCAGUGUGGCUGUUGCGUCCGCUACACAGAUUAACGAGAAAGACCACUGGUAUAAACUUGGGGUGGAGGCUCUUCGCCAAGGUAAUUCUGGAAUUGUUGAGUUUGCAUACCAGCAGACAAAGAACUUUGAGAGGUUAUCGUUUCUUUAUCUCAUUACUGGUAAUUUGGACAAGCUUUCAAAGUUGAUGAAGAUUGCGGAAGUGAAGAACAACGUGAUGGGUCAGUUUCACAAUGCUCUCUACCUAGGAGAUGUUAAAGAGCGUGUUAAAAUUCUGGAGAAUGCUGGUCAUUUGCCUCUAGCUUAUAUCACGGCUUCGGUUCAUGGCUUAAAUGAUAUUGCUGAGCGACUGGCAACCGAGCUAGGAGACAACGUGCCCUCAUUGCCUGAAGGGAAAACUCCAUCGCUUCUUAUGCCACCGACACCAGUCAUGUGUGGUGGUGAUUGGCCUCUUCUGAGAGUGAUGAAAGGAAUAUUUGAAGGAGGACUUGAGAGUGCAGACAGAGGAGGUACUGCUGAUGAAGAAGAUGUUGAUGGCGAUUGGGGUGAGGAACUUGACAUAAAUGUUGAUGGAAUGGAAAACAGAGACAUUGAAGACAUUUUGGCGGCUGCUGAAGGAGGUGAAGAAGAUAACGAUGAGGAAGUUGGAUGGGGACUUGAAGACUUGGAUCUCCCACCAGAGCUUGACACUCCUAAAGCCUCUGCUAAUGCACGUUCUUCGGUUUUUGUGACACCUCCCCAAGGUAUGCCCGUAAGUCAGAUCUGGAGCCAGAAAUCUUCUCUUGCUGCUGAGCAAGCUGCAGCUGGAAGCUUCGACACUGCAAUGCGUCUGCUCCACAGACAGCUUGGUAUAAAGAACUUUACACCUUUGAAAUCGAUGUUUCUUGAUCUGUUCAAUGGCAGUCAUAGCUAUCUGCGUGCGUUUUCUUCAUCUCCUGUUGUUCCACUUGCCAUUGAGCGAGGAUUGAGCGAGUCUUCCAGUCCCAACGUCCGUGGCCCACCAGCUCUUGUUUAUGAUUUCUCUCAGCUAGACGAGAAGCUCAAAUCUGGCUACAAAGCCACAACAAGUGGGAAAUUCACUGAGGCUCUCCGUCUCUUCCUUUCUAUCCUCCACACCAUCCCUCUAGUGGUAGUCGAGACAAGAAGAGAAGUCGAUGAGGUUAAGGAACUAAUCGUUAUCGUUAAAGAAUAUGUCCUUGGUCUUCAAAUGGAGCUCAGGAGGAGAGAAAUGAGAGAUGAUCCGGUGAGGCAGCAAGAGCUCGCUGCUUACUUCACUCACUGCAACCUCCAAACACCUCACUUACGGCUCGCGCUGCUUAGUGCAAUGGGCGUCUGCUACAAGGCAAAGAACCUCGCAACUGCUUAUAAUUUCGCAAGAAGGCUGUUGGAAUCAAACCCAGUGGAGAACCAGGCCAAGAUGGCAAGACAAGUUGUGCAAGCCGCUGAACGUAACAUGACCGACGCAACCAAGCUAAACUACGACUUCAGAAACCCGUUUGUGAUAUGUGGGUCCACAUAUGUCCCGAUCUACAAAGGACAGAAAGACGUUUCAUGUCCUUACUGUACGGCCCGGUUUGUACCAAGCCAAGAAGGAAACAUAUGCACAGUCUGUGAUCUAGCAGUGAUUGGUGCAGACGCAUCUGGUUUGCUAUGCUCUCCAUCUCAAGUCCGUUGAUCAGUUCAGAUUCAUUAUCAAUACAGAGAUACUUCAUUAACAGAAAUAAGAGUGUUGAGCUUUUCGUUUUGUGAUUUUGGUGUACUUACCAAUCAGGUUUGUGGAUUUUUCUCGUUGCAGGUCCUAUUACUCUUUUUUUUUUUUUUUAAGUCUUUUAAAGUUGUUUCUUAUCUUUUAGCAACAACGACACAUGAGUACUUUAGCUUCGUGCUUUAUAUAAUCUUUUUUGAUGCAUAGUA